AUGGUUCCAUGGAAGGGCGCCCUCCUCCUUAACAACAUCUUCUCUGUGAGUGCUUCUCUAAUGUUUGGCUUCAGUGGACCCAACUACGCCAAUAACUUUGAGAUGGUGAUGCUAGCUCGUCUUGUCUACGGUUUCAUGGUUGGUGUAUCAAUCACCAUCGUGCCAUUGUACCUGGCUGAAAUCUCUCCAAUUAAUCUACGUGGUGCUAUUGGUACAUGCCAUCAACUUAUGAUCACAGUUGGAAUCCUCAUAGCACAGGUGUUGGGUCUGUUCAUCUUCAAUCAACCAGACCAGUGGUCACUUCUUCUUGCUCUGACUGGUGUAUUCUCAGGAGUAGAGAUUCUAACUUUACCAUUCUGUCCUGAGAGUCCAAGAUGGUUACUCCUCAAUAAGAACCAACCGGAGAAAUGCCGUGCAGCUUUGGUCAAGCUUAGAGGUGAUGAUGAUGUCGAUGACGAAGUAGCCGAGAUGAAGGAAGAAGCUCAGAAAGAGUCCUCAACACAGAAGGUUGGCAUGUGGUCCGUUCUUACAUUGAAAGAUAAAACCUGGAAGAUGCCUCUGAUUAUUAGCGUAAUGCUUCACGCUGCACAACAACUCUCUGGAAUCAAUGCCGUGAUGUUCUACGUCACCAUAAUCUUCGAGCAAACAGGAAUGUCAGCAGAGGAGGUAUCCUAUGCUACAAUCGGAGUGGGAGGAAUCAACGUUCUCAUGACAAUUGUUUCCGUGUUUAUUGUUGAGCGUGCAGGGCGUCGCAUCUUGCUGCUCUAUCCAUUCGGAUUGAUGGUUCUCUUUACUGGUUUACUGACAGUAUCCCUCAAUCUUCAGAGCAGGGAUGACUUAUUCCCCGGGGUACCAGGUAUGAAAAGGCUGGCCGUUAUUCCCCCCGAGGGCAACCCCUGGGAAUGGAGUAGUGUGAACAGGACUUUAGAUACGAUCCCUGAACUUGAAGGGUUAUCCACUUGGGACUAA